GGUCUGUCCUGUCCACUGCUGUCCACAGUAUCAAAACAUCCGCUUUGUAGAAAUCCCCAGUUGUUCUUCUAAGUUUCGCUUACUGAAGUCAUUCGACCGAGCGUUCAAGGAGAGGAAGCAAUGACAGCCCCACCUACAGGCCGCCCAGUCGCAAUAACCGUUGGUGCCAUAUGGAGGUUUCACUUGAAACCUCCACCGCCCAGACCCCCAAGACUAUCAGAUGCAGUUACAGCGGGAUGGGUUGUCUUAACUCUGGCACGAGUCAUCUACGGCGUUGCCUAUUUCAAUGAGUGCCCUCAGCAACCGAACAUUCCCAACUACCUGUUAGGUCUGGCUCUGAUACCACUGCUAAUGAUACCAUUUGUGACCCUCCCCUGCGAGAGCGAGGCAGCUCAGCCACAGGAGCACCCCAAGGGUCUCAAAGCCUGCCUGUUGUGUUUGAUAGGCCUGUUCAUCUUCAUGUGGAACCUGGCAGGUGGCGUGUUGGUCUUCUCAGUCUAUCAGCCCAACUAUGAUCCCACAGCAGCUGACGGUCUUUACUGUGAUAAGACCCUGUACACGUUCGCCUUCUGGAACGCAGUGUGGGAGACUUUGGGAAUUUGUUUCCACCUAGCCAAACUCUGCAAAGGGCUGCUGUGUUGUGUGAUGGUGAAUCCUGCACCAGCAAACGGAGACUUCUAUAGCAACGUAUGAGGCAUGGAUGGAUCAAAGAUUGACAUAAUUAUCUGCAUGAAAUGAUAUUGCAUUUUGCUCACUGAGUUGGUCUUUGCAGUAAUUUUCUAAUCCUUUGUGCAGGGGAGGAAUUAUCUCCAACAGUCAUAUGCAGCUUCUUGGGAAUCAGGUUUAGGUUUUCAUCUAUAUGUGAGAGAGUGAAUGUUUUUUAUAGGCCUCCAACUGACAGUUAUUUAAAUUGUGGAUUAAUCUGCCAAUUAUUUAUCCUAUUAAGCUGUUGGCCAUUGCAGAACUUGGAGGCUGGACAAGGGAAAAGCUGGAAUUCUUCUGAUCAAAAUAGUUGCCAAUUCAUCUUCUAUCAGUCAACUAAUCUAUAAAUAAUUCUCCCCCCAUAAUUUUGUAGUUUCCCUCUAAAUGUGGUUAUUGUUAUGGUUUUUUAACCGUAUGUGUUCAUUGGUUUCUAUUUUCCACUUUGUUUUUGACAAAUUGUAAUUAUUUUUCUUUGGCAUUGACUGUUUUGUCCCCAAAGAUGUGUAAAGUUGUAAGUUUUACUAUAUGUACUAUUUAUGUUUAUCUAUGUGCUGAGUAUUUGUUUAAGUUAAUAUGUAUUUUUGCUAGAAUGUCGGUUUUAAAUAAAGGUUGUUGGUUUAAACUGUA